AUGCAGGGCAACGGGCGAAGGCCCGACGAGAAGCUGCAAGGCGACGAGCGGCAGCCCGACGAGAAGCUGCAGGGCGACGGGCGGCGGCCCGACGAGAAGAAGUGGAGCGAAGAUGAUUUUCAGAAGCUAAUGAAUAGUGAACCUCUCCCCUCUCUGCACCCCUCCUCCCCUCUCCAUCCCUCCCUCCCUUUUUUGCUGCACCCCUCCUCCCCACUCCAUUCCCCCCCCCCCUCCCCCCCACCUCCUGUCUACACAUCUCUCCUCCCGACUCCAAUCCCCCCUCCCCACUACGCAUUCUUCAUCUCCUUUCCACUUCCUGCCUUCCCCGUACACCCUCCCCUAUCCGCCAGCCCCCUCACAAUCCCAUGCCCCUCCCUCGUCCACAUGUCCCCCCUUCCCCGUCCACGUCCCUCCCCCCUCCCCCCUCGCAUUCGUGCAGUGUUCUGA